CUGAGUGCCACAAGACCAGCCUCAGUCUGACAUUCCCCGGCACGGUGUCCACACACACACACCCGCCUUCCUCACUACCCGGCUUUGGUAUAUCAGUGUUUCAGUAACGCGAAAUUGUAUUUCAUUCACAAAUCACGAGAUAAAGAAAACAUUGAUCUCAGCAUAAACAAGUGCUGUUCCUUUACACAGAAUAAUUGUUCCUAUCCUCGGCACGAUAGAGAAAAGUAACUCGUAAAAAUAUGUGCUCAGAAAUCUAUAAAUUAUAGCUAAGUGAGUCAUUUUUAAGAUAAAUACAGUUUUCCUUAAAUCAUCAGGAAACUCAAGUUCUGUAUUUAUAAAUAUUGUCCUAAAAAUAUGUGUUGGUAACAGACAGAUGACAAGUGUUUGUGAGACAGAAAAACAGUGCGUAGAACAAGAACUUCCAGGAUUACUGGUGUGAGGAGUUGACAGCUGUUUUGGGUGGACGGCGACCUGGUAGGACGUCAUCCGUCAUGGGUAGGACCUGUUGACCUUCUCAGGUCCCCCUUUACAACCUUCCACUGCAUCAGGGCUGUGUCCCUGUUGCUGCUGCCAGGGCUGCUACUGUUGCUGCCGCCGCCGCGGCUGCCAUGUACGGCCUACUGCUGGAGAACCUGAGCGAGUACAUCAAGACCGAGUAUGGAGAGGACAAGUGGGAGGAGAUUCGACACGAGGCCAACAUCCAGCAGCCGGUCUUCAGUACACAUAAAGUCUACAACGAAGGUCUCAUCCCACGCCUCGCUGCCGCUGCUACCGGGGUUCUGGGAGUGACCAAGGAGCAGAUCAUGUUCGGGAUGGGUGAGUUCUUCGUGGAGUUCGUGGGACAGUACGGCUAUGAUCGGGUCCUCUCUGUCCUGGGAAGACACGUACGGGACUUCCUCAACGGUCUGGACAACCUCCACGAGUACCUGAAAUUCUCAUACCCUCGCAUGAAGCCUCCGUCAUUCUUCUGCGAGAGUGAGUCCAGCACGGGGAUGCUCCUCCAUUACCGCUCCAAGAGACGAGGAUAUGCCCACUACACCAUGGGUCAGAUCACGCAGGUAGCGAAACACUUCUACAACACCGAAAUGGAGGUGAAGCUGGUGAGGGAGGAGUUUAUUUUUGAUACCUCUUACGUGACCUUCGAGUUGACCUUCGACAACCAGGCCUUCACCAAUCAGAUGGCCCUCACCCUCAUUCGCGACGAGCAGAUGCUUCCCCUGAGAGGGAACCUGCUCUUCGAGAUCUUUCCUUUCUGUAUACUUUUCGGGAACACGAUGGUGGUGCGACAAAUGGGCAACAGCAUGAUGCAGAUAAUGCCGGAAGUGCUGGGAAAGAAGCUCACUGAUUGCUUCGACCUUAUCAGACCUCACGUCGAAUUCGAUUUUAAGAGCAUCCUGCUACGCACCAACAACGUCUUCGAGAUGGCGACGACAGCUGCGGCAUUCCAGAACAGACAAAGGAUAAACGGGGAUGUACAUGGAGGUACUCUAGCCAUAGACGAGGACGAAGUAGCGGACAAAUCCUUCGGAAUUAAAGGUCAGAUGAUGUACAUGGAGGAGUGGAAGUUGAUCCUUUUCCUGGGUACACCUGUCAUGAAGGACCUCAACUCCCUCAUCUACGCCGGCCUUUUCAUCAACGAUCUUUCCAUGCACGACUUCUCCAGGGACAUGAUCCUGGCGGGGACACAGCAGUCUGUGGAGCUCAACCUGGCGCUAGAACAAGAACAACAGAAGAGUAAGAAGUUAGAGGAAUCCAUGAAGAAAUUAGAUGACGAAAUGAGACGUACGGACGAACUCCUGUACCAAAUGAUCCCCAAACAGGUGGCGCAGCGGCUAAGAAAGGGGGAGAACCCAGUCGAUACCUGCGAGACGUUCGAGAGCGUGACGAUCCUGUUCUCAGACGUGGUGACCUUCACGGAAAUAUGCAGUCGUAUCACACCCAUGGAGGUGGUGUCUAUGCUCAAUGCUAUGUACUCCAUCUUCGACAAACUCACCGAGAAGCACAAUGUUUACAAGGUGGAGACGAUAGGUGACGCUUACAUGGUAGUGGCUGGCGCCCCUGAGAGGCAAGCCAACCAUGGUGAGCUGGUGUGUAACAUGGCACUAGACAUGGUGGAAGCCAUCACCGAACUCACAGACCCAUCCACGGGGAACCACCUUCGUAUACGAGUGGGCGUACAUACAGGCAUGGUGGUGGCGGGUGUGGUCGGUCUAAAGAUGCCUCGCUACUGCCUCUUCGGUGACGCUGUCAACACAGCGUCGCGGAUGGAGUCGACGAGCGAGGCGAUGAAGGUACACAUUUCCCAGGCCACCAGAGACAUCAUCUCCGUCAGGUACCAGGUGGAGGAACGCGCAGAGGUCGCUGUUAAGGGAAAAGGUUCCAUAUACGGCGGUAUAAAUAUAGAAGAAUUACCUAGAGUUCUUCACCCGAGACACUGGUGUUGUCCGCUGGAGGCUGCGACCCGACGCAGGCGACAUCAAAGUAUGAUGAAAACCUAUUGGCUGAACAACUGCGAGGGCCGGGCCUCCAUCAAGGGUCAGGUGACCAUACCGAAGACCAUCACCGCCAUGGACUCUCCAGAGCCACGUAGGGGAUCCAACGUGUCCAGGGGUAACUACUCACCUAUUACCUUCGAGGACGUGGCUCGCAGGUCACUCACCAACACCCCAACGCCCUCCUUCACCGCCCCCAACACACAACUACCGCCUGAAGUGCCGAAGGCCCCAGAGAAACCCAGAGAACCUGUCAUCCUUAUCGAAGAACCAGUAGAGUAA